AUGGACCUCAGAAGCAAAGCAAGAACUCUUAAUGGCCCUGUCAGCGAUCCAUCGAAACUUCCCAAGUGGAACUAUGAUGGCUCGAGCACUAAUCAGGCCCCCGGGGAAGAUAGUGAAGUGAUCCUGUAUCCCCAAGCAAUUUUCAAGGAUCCAUUUAGGAGGGGCAACAAUAUCCUGGUCCUGUGCGAUGCCUAUACUCCAGCUGGAGAGCCAAUCGUGACAAACAAGAGGCAUGCUGCUGCCAAGAUAUUCAGCCAUCCUAAUGUUGUUGCUGAAGAGCCCUGGUAUGUUGAGCAAGAGUAUAUCCUCUUGCAGCGAGAUGUGAAGUGGCCAACUGGAUGGCCUGUCGGUGGCUAUCCCGGUCCUCAGGGACCAUACUACUGUGGCAUUGGUGCAGACAAGGCUUUUGGGAGAGAUAUUGUGGACUCCCAUUACAAGGCCUGCUUAUGUGCUGGAAUCAACAUCAGUGGCAUCGAGGGCGAAGUCAUGCCAGGCCAGUGGGAAUUCCAAGUUGGUCCUGCCGUUGGCAUCUCAGCUGGAGAUGAAUUGUGGGUAGGCCGCUAUAUUUUGGAGAGGAUCACCAAGAUUGCUGGCGUUGUCCUUUCAUUUGAUCCCAAGCCUAUUCAGGGAGACUGGAAUGGAACUGGUGCACACACAAAUUACAGCACCAAGUCAAUGAGGAAUGAUGGUGGAUAUGAAGUCAUCAAAAAGGCAAUAGAGAAGCUUGGACUGAGACGCAAGGAACACAUUGCGGCAUAUGGUGAAGGCAACGAGCGUCGUCUCACUGGGCACCAUGAGACAGCUGAUAUCAACACCUUCGUAUGGGUAAGGAGAAUCGGAUGCCUCUGAAACUUGGAACUUUAAGCAUGUUUAUUGUUGCUCUUAGCCCUAUUCGGAUUGCAAGCUAGCAUCUUUAGACGCUUUAUCGAAUGGUGGAUUGACACUGGGUUUUUCAGCAGGGCUUUGUGAGCCGAGGUGCUGAUAUUGGAGUGGGAAGAGACCCUGAGGAAGCUGGGAAU